AAAAUAAAGUUAUUGAAAAAAUUGUAAAUUUACCUGAAUAUCAUCAAACUUCCGAAAGUACUUCUGUCAUAACAGAAAAUGACGAAUUAUUUAAUUUCUUUUACUCAGAAUAUCAAACCCUAGAAUUAAAUGACGAACAGAUACAAAUAGAGAUAGAAAAUUUAAUUAGAGAACCAAUAAACAUCAACGAUUCAAAAGUGUUGAUGAAUAAUGAACAACGAAAAAGGUUGAAAGAUCUUUACAAUCACAUUCAACAUUUUAAUCAAGAAUUUGCACAGAAUUACAACACUUUAGAAAACAAUACUUUAGAUAAAAUAGCAGCAAUUAAUCUUGGAUAG